AUGAUGAACGCGGAGAAAAUUGAGAAAGAACCAGGAACAGGGCAGACGCCAUCGACGAUCGACCUCGAUCAUAUCCUGGUGGAGGAAGUAGGCCAGUUCGGCAAGUACCAGCUGACCACGUUACUGCUUGCGAUACUGCCCGUUAUCUUCGGAGCCUUGGCUUCUGGAGUAUACAUCUUUACCACCGCCAGAAUACCAUCUCGGUGCAGAAUACCACAAUGCGACGGUGAAAACCCGGAGUUUAGGCCGUCGUGGCUGUUGAACGCCAUUAACGGAACGAAUCUGAACUCGUUUGACAACUGCGCCAAAUUUGCCAACAGCACGCAGCAGCAUCCGGCACCCCCCGAUACCUGCCCCAAUACACUGUUCGACACGUCCAGGACUGUUGAUUGCGAAGCUUACGUCUACGAAAAUACUCUUACUGUGGUGUACGACUUCGAUUUGGCAUGCGAUGAAUGGCGAAGGUCACGGAUAGGCUCAUUUCGCAAAAUAGGUACGCUGCUGGCACUGCCAAUUACGGGCUUCAUAUCCGACCGUUGGGGGCGGCGCGUGGCGCUCGCCAUCAACGCUUUCAACACCGCCUGGAUCGGGCUUGUGCGAUCUUUCGUUACCAGCUACGAAUGGUUUACAGCGUUGGAAGUCAUCGAGGCCACUGUCGGUUCAGGAACUUUUUCGUCAUGCUAUAUUUUGGUGAUGGAGUUAGUGGGACCCAAAUAUCGGGUUGCUGCUGGAGCGACGCUAUCCACCAUGUUUGCCGUCGGCCAAGUCCUGCUAGGUUUCAUCGCUUGGGGUGUUCCAUCUUGGCGACCUUUGACACGGGUGCUGUUCGCGCCGCAACUACUAGUUGUAACUUAUUUCUGGAUCUUAUCUGAAUCCAUUCGCUGGCUUAUGAGCAAAGGCCGUUAUGAAGAAUCUGAAAUAAUUCUAAAGAAAGUAGCGAAAGUUAAUAAGAAACAACUGUCAGAAAAAUCAUUAGAAGCUUUACGUACUUCCGCCGAAGUGGAAAAGACUAGAGAGAAAGUCAAGGAACCAUGGCUGGUGACUAAAGUUUUUAAAUCAAAAUUGAUUCUAUUUCGGUGUAUCGUAUCACCACUUUGGUGGAUCACCAAUACUCUAGUGUACUACGGCAUGAAUAUCAACGCCGUCAACUUAUCUGGAAACCUUUACUUAAACUACGUGUACGUAUCAGCCAUCGAGAUUCCUGGUUUCUGGACGGCGGUGCUGCUGCUUGACCGUGUGGGCAGGAAGCCGGUACUUAUUUGCGGGUACUGGCUUUGUGCCAUGUGCCAAUUCGCUUUCGCGUUCGUGCCUGAGGGCUACGAGGGGCUAUCGUUGACAUUGUACCUGAUAGGCAAGUUCAGCAUCGCGAUGGUUAUGACGACCGUGUACCUGUUUACGGCAGAGCUGUUUCCCACCAAGUACCGGCACACGCUGCACGCCUUCGCUUCGAUGAUCGGCCGCGUCGGGUCCAUUACAGCACCGCUCACGCCUGCCUUAGCGCAGGAGGUUUGGAAGCCGUUCCCGUCGGUGCUGUUCGGCAGCUUCGCUUUGCUAUCGGGGCUACUGAUCUUCACCAUGCCUGAGACAUGGCGCAGGAAGCUGCCCGACACCUUCGAGGAAGCUGAGGCGCUCAGCCGUCGUUAACUGGAAAAGAACAUCCAUGACGAUUCACUUCUUGCAUUUAAGCAUCAAUAGAUAAAAUACCUUAAUUACGCGUGCUGUGUCAUUGUAAAAUCGAAUAGCAAGUCGAUCUAAAUCUACUAAAUCUCAUGGCCUCUUAAUUAUUUUAAUAUAAAAGCAAUAUACACAAUGAAAGCUCUGUAUUCUAAGUUACAUUCUGGUAUAUUGCACCUUUUAUUGGGUGUACAAUCUAAUAUUUUUUUUAUGAACUUGAUAUUUAAUAUUAUGAUGAGUUUAAACAAACUAUUGACCAAAUUCUAUUAGCACCAAUUCUUUGUGUAAUAUCAA